GUCGCCUAGCAACGACGCAACGGGGAGCAAUGGAGGCCAACAGCAGCAGGGAGCUGGAGGCCAGGAAUUAUCUGGAAAAACAUCAGAUUAUGGAGUUGCUGAACUUUCUCACAAGCGCCCUCCUCUUUUUCCGGCCGGAAAAACCAAGAGAGUAUUUAAUAUCUAUAUUGGAACGGCUGAGAAUUGCCAAACUAACAGGCGUGGCCUUCCCUUUCUUUAUGGAUAACUCUAACAUUGUGGCUAUGUUUGAGAUGAUGGAUUCCUCGAAUAAAGGCAUCAUAUCAUUUAUCCAGUAUAAAGAAGCCCUAAAAACCCUGGGUCUGUGUACUGCAGAUGAAGUUUUAAAAGAUGAUGGACAUGGAAUAACUUUGGAAAAAUUCCGGCGUGAAGUGAACAAGAGGACUCAGGAAAUAUGGUCAGCAUUUUAAUAACACUGUAAGUCCAAGAUAAUAAAUGAUUGUAUAAAGUUUU